GCGCGCUCUCCGCCGUGCCGUUACGCAGCACAUGCAUCUUCCGAUUGCGUUUCAGCGAAUGCGUUCGUUGACGUGGCGCUCGCUUGGCCAGGCAGCUCGAAUUGUGCUGAGUAAUGGCACCGGUGGGCCGUAGAGCGCACGCCUUUGCACGGCCGCCAUGGAACAGGCGUCCUCGCGUGCGUGUCGUCUGCUGCGCCGGCUUCACUUGCACGCAACGCAAGCGGCUGUUUCACAAGCGCCCACGGCGCGCUAGCAGAAGAGUCUCCGAGGCCCCCCCAAAAAAGGACGGAGCGCUACGUGCCUUUCCUCGGAACUGCGUGUAAUUGAAAAGUGACUUCCUGCUGCGCGACAUAGUGAUAAGGUAUUUGCAGAAAAGCAGCCUUGGUCCAUGCGCCCCGCUACGUAUUUGAUUCAGCUGCAUAGCCAUCUGGACUCAUGCAUGCGGCACGCGACGAUAUGGGAUCUGGCACAACAGAAAAGCUUGGACCUGGGGUACAAGAGCGUGGAAGAUGUCCGAGAAAAGACAAGACCGAAAGAGGCCACCACACUCGCCAAUUACCUGAAGGAAAUCUUCGUCUUCCUCAAGGUCGUAGUAGGCGACCGGGAGGCCCUGGAGCGAGUGGCGUACGAGGCGGCCAUCGACCAGGCGACCAUGGGCGUGCUGUACAGCGAGAUGUUUCUGUGUCCUCAGUUGCUCGCCUCCUCGAGCACCACACUGCGAUGGCAAGGGAUGCCGGAGAGCAUGACCAGCGCCAGGCAGGCACUGGACGCCGCGCUAUUGGGACUGCGCAAGGCUGAGCUGGAGACGGGCGCCAAGUUCAGGAUCAUCCUGUCUUGCUUUCGCGGAACGCCCGAGUGGGCGCCCGAGGUUCUGGAGCUCUGCCGUGAGUACAGCGGCCGAGGCGUGGUCGGCAUCGACGUCUGUGGCGUCGUCUUCCCCGUCCAAGGGCAGUCGGCGUGGAUGCACCCUAAAGCUAACGAGUACGGCGAAGAGGUCACCGACCCCCUGAUCACCAACACUUUCCAGCGUGCUGUCUCUUGGGGCGUGCACCGGACCGUGCACGCGGCUGAGGCGGGACCUCCGGUCACCGUGCUGCGUGCCGUUCGAGAACUCCGUGCCGAACGCAUCGGCCACGGCUACCGGGCAGUCGCUCACGGUGGCGACGCCUACCGGCAAGCGUUGGCGGCGGGGGUCCACUUUGAGUGCUGCCCCACCAGCAGCUACCUCACCGGUGGCGUAGAUCGCAACGCUGUGGAGCACCCCAUACUGAGGCUUAGACGGGACGGCGCAAGCUUCUCGCUGAACACCGACAACCCUACCCUCACGCACACGACGUUGGACGACGAGUACCGGCUGGCGCUGAAGCUGGGACUGACGCCCGACGACCUGCUGCAAUGCAAUCAAUCGGCCAUAUCCGCAUGUUUUCUACCUGACGACGAGAAAUGGGAACUGCAGCAAAAGUUCAACCGACUCACCUGCCCAGACUCAGCGAACGCCUAGGAUGACUUUGUUCGCUGUGUGUGAUGAAAACAAUAAAUAAAAAACAUCAUAAGAACCCAACUAACAAAGACACCAUGGACAACGCAGAGGAAAUUGCAUGUACGUACUAACUGAAUUAAAAUAAUGAUAAAUUAAUGGAAUUGAAAGUAGAUGGAAAAACUUGCCGCAGGUGGAGAACGAUCCCACGUCUUCGCAUUAUGCGUGCGAUGCUCUACCAAUUCAGCUGGCGCCAUCUUCUCAUCCACUUUUUGGGGUAUUUAUGUGUUACUACUAAAACUAACCCUGGGAGUGUUAGCCAGCGCCACCACUCACAAGCCUUGGCGGCGGAUUAGCAUUCCUUGAGAACUCUGCCCAGUUUGUGGUCUAUCUAUAUUUAACCUCUUUCACGCCCAACUUUGUUUACUGGAUAUUCCAUGGUCUUGUGCAUGGAGCAUUUGGCUGCUGUGCUAAGGGAACCGGGUUUCAAUAACCAAACGCAUGGCCAGUCACUGGGUAAGUGACAAUAGGUAAGUGCUGCUCUUUAAUUUGACCCUCUUUCUCGCCAACUGGGGUCACUGGAUAUGUCCUUAAAGGGGCUCUGAACCACUUCUCAUGCUUGGUGAAAUAACAUAGUCCGCGGGAAGCACACCCUGCUGUGAACAU